AUGCCUUUUGUUAAACGUCUUUCAGUAGAUUUAACCUCAUUUCGAACAAUACCAAAAUUAUUUCAAACUAUGAUAAAUCUGAAAGAAUUGAAAUUAAUAUUCAGUAAUUAUUGGUAUUAUUAUACUGAUCCUGAUAUAAAACAAGUACCAGAAACACUUGAAAAAUUACAUUUAGAAUUCGAAAGAAAUGGUAUCUAUUUUAUUCAAAUGCAAAUAUUUUUGGAUGCUUUUAAAAACAAUGUGAAAGAUUUGACACUUAUUGGUAUCUCUCCGAAUAAAGAAUUUAGUAACUAUGAUAAACUUCAAAGUUUAGUAAAUAACUUCAGUCGUAUUGAAACUUUUCAAUAUCAUAUACGAACGAUAGAUCAACCUGAUAUUCGCUUUUCAAAUAUUAAAAAAUGUUUUGACUCUUAUUUUUGUUUUGGUACUUUUCCACAAUCUAAUAUAUGUGACAGUAUAUUUGGUCGAACAACAUCUGAACUUAGUUUGUGGCCAUAUCAUACGCCAGAACCACUACUUACAUGUUCUAAAUUUUUGAAUGUAGAAUUUCAAAUUAAAUGGAUUGAUGAUGAUAAUUAUUAUCAUUCAAUGUUUUUCUAUGAAUUAUCAGAAAUCUUUACUAAUCUACACACUCUUACAUUUCAAUGUAUUCCAAAAUUUAUUCAAGAAUAUCCAAUAACAUUGAAUAAUUUCAUUUUAAAUCUACGAAAGGAUUUUCUUCAACUUACUCAUUUCAAAUUACGACUGACGCUCAUUGAUAAUUAUCCACUACAAACUUUACAUGCUUACACAGAAGAUUUGAAAGAAUUAAUGUUACAAAAUUCUUUGUACUAUACGGUUGAACGAGAAAGAUGUGGUCGUGUCUUAAAUAUUUGGUUAUAA